AUGUCUUCCGGUAUUGUCACUGCUACAGACGUGUACGAUGACCCUACUCAAUUGGACCCUUUGGACACGCGUCAUGCUUUGUUGGCAUAUGGUCUUUUUGCGACAAUUCCUCUCUAUCUUCUUGUUGGUCAAUAUGCUGGUCUUAUUUGCAAUUUCAUCACGUUUGUCUAUCCGGCAUUUGCAACUCUUGGAGCAGUUAGAAGCACCUCUCAGGCGCAAAGAGACGAUGACAUUCAGUGGUUGGUAUAUUGGACAGUCUAUGGAAUCUUCGCAAUUCUCGACCACGUGCCAUUUCGCAUGGCUGAAAAUGUUCAACUCUAUUGGCUGUUCAAGGCGGUUGGUCUGUUCUACCUGUCACUCCCAGAAGUCAAAAUUGCUGCAAAGAUUUUCCUGUAUAAGGUGGAGCCGUGGGUUGUAAAGGUCGAAAAAUAUUUUGAACGACCAAAGAAGGAGAAAGAUGUUGUAAGCAAAGGAGGGAAGGAGAAGGAAGUUCCUAAUAAGGGAGGGAAGGAAGUUGUCAGCAAGGGAGGGAAAGAGGUUGCCAGCAAAGGAUCGAAGAGUAAGAAUAAGUAAAUAGAGAAAACAUAAUCCUUGUAUAAACGUCAUUGUUGUCCAUUCAUACAAACAUAUGUAAAUAUAUAUAAAUUGCUUGUUGCUAUA